CCUUGUUGAUUAGUCAGUGCCGGGAGCGCUGCUAUGGCGUUCCUCGGACCCGCGGCUCCUCCUCACACCGUGCUCGAGGCAGAGGCUAGGAGGGGGCCGAGGAGGAGGAGGCGGGCGGCCGGCCGCCGCAGCUGCAGAGCCGGGGCCAGGGGAGGCGGAGGCGGAGCGGGAGCCUCCGCAGCCAGUCGGGCCGCCUGCAGUGCUCCCCUGGCUUGAGGGCGCGGGGCGCCAGCCAUGCCUCGGUGUGGCCGCUGAAGCCGGGCGCCGGCGUCCCCGCCGCUGUGCCUCGCUGCCCGCGCUGCCCGGGCUGCCCGCGGCGGGAGAGCGAAGCCGCCCGCUAGCCAGCGGUGGAGCGGGCGCGGGAGCGCGGGGCCGGAGGAGGCGGGGAAGAUGGACCCGGUGCCCUCGCUGGGCUGCAGCCUCAAGGAUGUGAAGUGGAGCCCAGUGGCUGUGCCGCUCGACCUGCUGGUCAGCACCUACCGACUGCCCCAGAUCGCGCGGCUGGACAGCGGCGAAUGCGUGGAAGGGCUACGAGAGAAUGAGUACCUGCUGAUCCAUUCAUGCCGGCAGUGGACCACCAUCACUGCUCAUAGCCUGGAAGAAGGUCACUAUGUCAUUGGGCCAAAGAUAGAGAUCCCUGUACACUAUGCAGGACAAUUCAAGCUGCUGGAACAAGACCGGGAUAUAAAGGAGCCAGUGCAGUAUUUCAACAGCGUAGAGGAAGUGGCCAAAGCAUUUCCUGAACGUGUGUACGUCAUGGAGGAAAUUACGUUCAACGUGAAGGUUGCGUCAGGUGAAUGCAAUGAAGACACCGAAGUUUACAACAUCACCCUGUGUACUGGGGAUGAACUCACCCUAAUGGGGCAGGCAGAAAUCCUUUAUGCGAAGACCUUCAAGGAGAAGUCGCGACUCAACACAAUUUUCAAAAAGAUUGGGAAGCUCAAUUCCAUCAGCAAGCUGGGGAAAGGUAAAAUGCCCUGCCUCAUUUGCAUGAAUCACCGGACCAAUGAAAGCAUCAGCCUUCCAUUCCAAUGCAAGGGCAGGUUUAGCACCCGAAGUCCCCUGGAACUUCAGAUGCAGGAAGGGGAGCACACCAUCCGAAACAUCGUGGAGAAGACGAGGCUCCCCGUGAAUGUGACGGUGCCCAGUCCUCCACCCAGAAACCCUUAUGACCUCCACUUCAUCCGAGAAGGACACCGCUACAAGUUUGUGAACAUCCAGACCAAGACAGUAGUGGUGUGCUGUGUUCUCCGUAACAACAAGAUCCUCCCCAUGCAUUUCCCUUUGCACUUGACCGUCCCCAAGUUCAGCCUCCCGGAAAACCUGGUGAAGGGAGAGGUGUGGCCGGAAACACUAGUCCAUCACUGGCUUGGUGUCUGCCAAGAGCAGUUUGACAUUGAUGAGUAUUCACGGGCUGUUCGUGAUGUGAAAACGGACUGGAGUGAAGACUGUAAGAGUCCCAAAAAGGGCCGUUGCUCCGGCCACAACCAUCUGCCCAGUUCCCUCAGCUAUGCCCGCGACGAGCUCACCCAGUCCUUCCACCGGCUCUCAGUCUGUGUGUACGGCAACAAUCUUCAUGGCAACAGUGAGGUGAACCUCCACGGCUGCCGGGACCUCGGGGGAGAGUGGGCCCCUUUUCCUCAUGACAUCCUUCCCUAUCAAGACUCUGGUGACAGUGGGAGCGACUACCUUUUCCCGGAAGCUAAUGAGGAGUCAGCGGGCAUCCCAGGGAAGCCAGAAGUUCCCUACGAAGAGCUAUGGCUGGAGGAAGGCAAGCCCACUCACCAGCCUCUCACUCGCUCGCUCAGUGAGAAGAGCAGAUGUGACCCCUUGAGGGGCCCCACGCGAUCCAAAUGUGCAACCUCUUCUCUUCCUGCCCCUGCGACCCUGGGAGCCACGAUGAAGUCUUCAGAAAUCGUCCUACCUCCACCUCCAGUGCCUCCCAAAUCUGAAGCCGUCAGGGAAGAAUGCCGGCUCCUGAACGCUCCACCUGUUCCACCCCGAAGUUCAAAGCCUUUAUCCACAAGUCCCUCCAUCCCACCUCGCACAGUCAAGCCAGUUCGGCCACAGACUCGCUCUCCCAGCCCUACCCUGUCCUACUAUUCUUCAGGGCUGCAUAACAUCAGCAUCACUAAAAGUGACCCAAGUCCUCCUGACAGUGCUCCCGUCUCCUGCUACCCUUGCAACCGAGUGAAAAGUGACUCUACGGACCCCAAGUCCCCGUUUGGAAGUCCUUCUGCCGAAGCUCUGGCCUCCCGACUCUCAUGGCCCAACCAUUACUUGGGAGCGUCGGAGAGCCAGACCCGGAGUGACUUUCUGCUCGACCCGAGUAGGAGCUACAGUUACCCCAGACAGAAGACACCUGGCACACCAAAGAGAAACUGCCCAGCCCCUCGUGAUUUCGAUGGCUGUGAGCUCUUAGGCAGCCCAGCCAGCACAGCCUCUGCAGAAUUCAGCAGCAGCAGCGUCUCCGGUUGCCCCAAGUCCGCCAGCUACUGUCUAGAGAACUCCGAGGACAACUCCCUUGCAGCUGGCAUGACCAAGCAGAGCAUCUCCUGCCCUGCCUUACCCCCAAGGGCCCCAAAGCCAGUGGAACAGAAAACCACCCCUGAGACAUCUCCUUUGCCUCUGAAAAUUGAUGGUGCUGAGGAGGACCCCACAGCAGGGUCACUGGACCUCUCAGAGGACCAGUAUUUUGUGAGAAAGGGCAUGCAGGACAUCUUCUCUGUCUCUUACCCUUUCUCAUCCCCGCUCCACCUCCAGCUGGCCCCCAGAUCCUGUGGGGACGGUUCCCCAUGGCAGCCACCUGCCGACCUAUCAGAACUCUCUAUAGAGGAAGUGUCCAAGUCUUUACGGUUCAUUGGUCUGUCUGAAGACGUCAUAGCCUUCUUUGUCACUGAAAAGAUCGAUGGGAAUUUGCUUGUUCAGUUAACGGAAGAAAUCCUCUGAGAGGAUUUCAAACUAAGCAAACUGCAGGUGAAGAAAAUAAUGCAAUUUAUUAAUGGCUGGAGGCCCAAGAUUUAGCCAAAUGGCUCUGGCCAGCAUGUGACUGCGCCGAGAAACUGUGUGCUAGAAGGGUGGGCUAGGACACAAAUCCACGUUUUUGCACUAAAAAAAAAAAAGAAAGAAAAGAAAAGAAAAAACAAAAACAACAAAAGCUGUUCUCUGUAAAUCGAGAUAGAGGAAGUCUUACUAUGCAGAUUCCGUUCCUGAAUGGUGAACAGGCUGUUUUGUACACCAGUAAAGAUGCUGUACAGAACACUUAGAGGUGUGCCUUGUACGUCAGUCACUCCACAGCUGCUAAAAGAACUCAAGUCCUGUUCAGAGAACUCUUUUCCACCCCAUAGGCUUUCAAGGAGGCGUGGUACUUAUUACGAAACAGCCAAAGCUGAUAGACAUGAACCCAUGUGAGCAGUCUGCCCCCUCGGGGCGCUGACCCUCGGGGAGGUGACGUCCGACAGUUAAUCGUACUCUGCAGCUUGCUCUGCUUCAUGCCAACUGUCUAACUCUUGUGCCUGACGAUGUUAGUGGUAUGAUAUGACACUUUAAUGUUAUAUGCUUGGUGGAGAUCUUUUUAUCAAAAGGCAUUUUCCAAAAAUCAUGUUUUGAUGGAGGAUGUCUGAUAUCCUUAGAAAUGACGCAAAUCAUGGCCAUUACAUUUGCUCUAACUGCUGCUAGUUUUAUUGAGCAGAGAAAAAAAGGAUAGGUAUGUAUGUGUGUAUAUGCAGCACACACAGGUAUGUGUAAAUGUAAUUUUUGAACCUGAUGUUUUAAAUACCAUCUGUUUACUUUCUAAUAUCCAUUGAGGUGGAGGGGCCUUUAACUGAGUGGAUUCUCUUGAGAACAGUUGGCAGAAUGUCUCCAAAGAGUCUCAGAACCUGAACUCUGAAGCCCCACCCCAUAGGCUCCACCCCUGGAAACUCAGAAGCAAUCAGUCAAGAGUCUGUUGAAGAGUUUAAUGUGAUUUUCAAGCCCACUCGAACACUGAUUCCUGCAUACCUGUGCUGACGCUUGGGGGGAUGACAGCUGCUUUGGAAGCAUCACUAUCCUCCACACCCGUGAGUUCUCCUCACCACGUCUCUUAUGUUAGGAAAGCUCGUGACUCCAAUAGAUCACCUCUCAGUUACCUAUGCCACUGCACUGAUUCCUACAAUAUCAAUAAGAGUACUUGCUAAUUCCACAGACCUCCUCUUUCUACUCCUCUAAAUUAUUAAUCAUAGUAAUAAUAAUUACCACAUUCUUAUUCUGAGAAUUCCAGAACAUGUCUAUGAAUUUUGCUAAAUGUGAUUAAAUACUCCAAAAUAGAGCAUCAUAUCCUUACUCUUGGCUCUUUGAAGGCAUGUGACCUCAAAGAGUUCCUUUUUUUUUUUUUUUUUUCCUGAUCAACAAAUGUAUCCUCCAAACAGUCCCUGAGUCUGCCCCAGAUUCUAACUGGGUAGACAUCCUGUUAGCCAGAGGCACCCCUGAGCGUCUUAGGGAGGUUCUUUGACCACCAGGAGGCAGUGCAUCCUGAAGGAUUGAGCAUAUUUUACCAUGUCUUCCCAGUCACCAAAGAAGUCACUGUUAAAAGCAAGAGCCCACAGCAGCCAGGCUCCCAGUCCUGGGAAGUGUAUCACACUAUUCUUUCCAGUAGAAAGCUGCUCAGUUCCAUCUUGUGACUUAGAGCUGAGAUGAAUUGACACCUAGUCUACUUCCUCACUCUGGUCUCAUUGAGAGGAGAACAGGCUUUGAUCCUUUCCUGCAUGUAAAUACUACACUGCAAAUAAAAAGAAUCCUCUGUAACAUGGGCAGCUGGCAGCCCUCUCGGAGAGGAGUUAAGUCCUUAGAAAGGGAACCUAGCCCGAGAACAUUAACUUCCCUUGAGAAUAAGGACAGACAACCUGCCGGCCGAGACACUGCUGGUCCCACUGGCAAACCUGUCCUUUAGCCAUCCUUUAGCACCUAGCACAUGACCGUGAUUCUCAAACUUAGCCUCAAGCCAUGGGGUUGGCUUGUGUUGACUGUGAAGGUUGGCCCACAUAAACACCUGCCUUCCUUUGUCUUUUGCAAGACCCUUAAACAAAAUAAGAUUGUCCAUCUCCUUUGAGUUCAUUUGCUUUGGUCCUGGCACAGUCAUGCCAAGUCUGUAUUGAUUGGGAUCCUGGAGCCCUCCUGAGAGCCAGGAUAGGCCUUGGAGUCAUGUAUUCCUUAGACAAUCACUAGGCACUUUUCUGUUUGCCAGACCAAGGCUGAGGGAAGACCUAACCCCUGCCCUCUUGGAACUUGUUUCCAUUUCAAAAUCACAGCUUCUGACACUGUAUGUGUGCAGGAGAGACUGAAAUGUUCAUGGAAGGUGGAUUUAUGGAGAGUGACAUGCCCCAGCUUUAAGGAGCCCACAGGUAGAAGCACUGACAGCCUCUUUGAACAUAUACAUACAGUAAACACCCCAAGACACUGACGCUUGGAAUCCAUUAAAGGAAAUCUGCAUCUGUCUUUCACUGUCUCCUGUUCUCUUUUACUGACUUGGAAUUUUUUAAUGCUAAUCAGUACUUGGCAUUUCUGAAAGCCACGAAUAAGUAUAAUUGCCACUUCUGGGCUGAGCACCUGUCUGUGGAGGAUGCUGGCUAGACAAGGAAUUCGUAAGCCGGCCGAGAGAGUGAGACAGGCUGCACAGAGCAGAGGGCAGAAACAGCCUCGCCUUCCACAUCGCACAGCAGAACCUCUUCUCCCAGUCAAGUUGACAAGACCUCCUUUGGGGGCAGAUUCCCUACAGCCCAGUGAGUGACCGUGGGACUUGUGGCGAAGUACUGUCUACACAGGAUCUUUGGGGGAUCCUUACACUCAUGCCUAAAACCUUCCUGCCCCCUCCCCUGUCAGGAAAGAGCAUCAGCAAUAAACGAAGCCAAGCAGCUGAAAUGUAAAAUACAAAGUCAAUUCAGAGAGAAAACUCAAGCAUUCGCGCACCAACCCUGUCACAGCGUCUUCUAAAUGUCUGCAAGUUGUCUCUAAGUUGAACUGAACUGCUCAAGUUUAUGAUCUGUGAAAUGUCCAUGUAUACUCUCUCUCAGCCCACAUGCACCAUUCAAAUUUAUGAAGUUGUACCAAACUGCCCAUUCAGCUAAAUUGCAGUGUUUAUUCUUAUCUUGGAGAAAUGCCACAACCUUAUGGGAGAUGGGACAGUCCAUUCCAGCUGAUCAGAUACAUGCGUAAACAACCUCCGCUCACACUGCUGAGCCAGCUGCCUAGCAUCUGUAUGCCUCCUUGAGAAGUUCAGGGCGUGGGGGUGGAUAGAUGGAGAACCCUUCAUUUUCCUAGUGCUUUCCAAAUGCCUAACAUCUGUAAGUGUGUUUAUUCCCUGAACAGCAAACUGGGAAACAAAAUAUUCCUCCAAAGACCCCAAUAAAUUUGAGUUGCAGUCUACCAAAAAAAAAAAAAAAACAAAACCUCACAUCUCUUGGAUGCCUAAGCCUUUCAGAAACAUGUCCAUCACAUGAAUUUCCAUUGCUUUUCUGGAAAUUUGAAGCUGCUAAGGCAGGAAGAAUCAAAGGUCCAGAUGGCCGAUGGAGGAAAUGGGACUUUUAUUAUACUGUGGGUUUGUGAUGUAGGAGUCUUGUGGCCAUAUCAGGUCAAGUCACCUUUUUGAGUUUUCAAGACUUCCUGUUUUACAGUUUGCCUCAUUGUGAUACUAAGAAUCAAGUAAACGUGUCUCAAGCUAGGUGCAGACCUCGUCUAUAGUUGUGCUCUUCCGUCCAACUUCAAAGCUAUGCAUUUUGUAGCAGAGCCUGGCGGAUAGUGAGUUCCCUUGGUUUACAGUGUCCUGUGGAUAGGGCUUAGAUAAACCCCUAGCCAUAAACCCACUCUCCUGUCUUUAUAGUAUGUUCCGUUGGGAAUAUUGUUUCAGCGAAGACUCAAAAAAAUUAAAACUCAAGAACUUGGGGAGUUUUCCUUUGCGGAAAUGGAAAUUGUAUUUUCUAAGAAUUUUGGAAGUAUCUGUACAGUUUCUUGGCUGGGGAAACAGUGGGCUGCUAACUACAUGUCAGCAGGUAGUUGAGUUGCUUUCCAGAGCAUUAUCUAAUGGGCCCAAUGUGUACCUCAAGAUAAACGCAGUAUGUUAUGUCAAAAAAUGAAUAAAUUCAUUGUCUGUUGAUUUAAAUGGUUCUGAAAUGUCUAUAAAUAAAGAACUUUUCAAGGUUU